AUGGAGAAACACAGCAGCGGCGGUGCUCCUCGUCCGGGAGACGAGGAGAAGGGGAUUGAGACCGCGACCAAGACUGAUGACCUGCGUCUAGCCGCCCUCGACGACCCCGACGAGGGCAGAAGCGAAGAAGAAAGAGCCGAAAUUGACCGCAAACUGCUCUGGAAUUUGGACUUGAAGCUGAUCCCAUGGCUGACAUUGCUGUACCUCGCCAGCUUCUUGGACCGGACGAACAUUGGCAACGCAAAGAUUGACGGCCUGAUCGAUGACCUCCACAUGACGAGCGGCCAGUACCAGGCGGCUCUAUCCCUAUUCUUCGUCUCAUAUGCUGCCUUCGAACCGCUGACGAACAUUCUCCUGAAGCGUCUCCGUCCGUCCGUCUUCAUCCCUAUCAUCAUGGUGCUCUGGGGCAUCUGUAUGACCUGCAUGGGCUUGGUUCACAACUUCUCUGGCCUGGCCGCCGCGCGUUUCUUCCUCGGCAUGGCGGAGGCGGGUCUCUUUCCGGGCGUCAAUUAUUAUUUGUCCUGCUGGUACAGACGGAGUGAGUUUGGCAUCCGCGCGGCCGUAUUCUUUUCCGCUGCUGCGCUUGCGGGAUCCUUCGGUGGACUCCUUGCGGCCGCAAUCGCCCUCAUGGACGGCAUUGGCGGCAAGCAUGGAUGGGCAUGGAUCUUCAUCCUCGAAGGUCUCGCUACCGUCGUCAUCGGUGUUAUCAGCUACUGGAUGGUUCACGACUUUCCCGACGAGGCGAGGUUUCUCUCUCCAGACGACCGCAAGCGGGUGCUUCGCCGCCUGAGGACAGACGCGCAAGCCAGUGCCGAGCAUGAAGCCUUCAAGAUGGCCUACUUCUGGGAGUCAGUCAAGGACUGGAAGACGUGGGCUUUUGCGGUGGUAUACAUGGGCUGUGACGGACCGCUCUAUGCUUUCAGUCUGUUCACGCCCACCAUCAUCAAAGCCAUGAACCCCGAUUACACGAGCACCACGUCGAACCUGCUCUCUGUGCCGCCUUACGCCGCAGCGGCAAUCCUCACCAUCGCCAUCGGGUAUCUCGCCGAUCGAACACGGGCUCGUGGCUGGUGCAACAUCGGAGUCUCUUUCCUUGGGAUCGCCGGCUUCGCCAUGUUAUUGGGCUCCAGCGAUCCGCAGGUCAAAUACGGCGGCAUCUUCCUGGGUGCGCUCGGAAUCUGUAAGUCGGUAGCCUGCGCUCGCAUUCCAAUCUCAUUCCACAUCCCUGGCCUGGCAACCACUUGCCGCUCACUAGAAUUUCUUUCUUUUUUCCACAGAUCCCUGCAUUGCGAAUACCAUCUCCUGGGCCGCCAACAACGUCGAGGGAGUCUACAAGCGCGGCGCGACACUGGGUUUCGUCAUCGGAUGGGGCAAUCUCAACGGCGUCGUCAGUUCCAACCUCUACCCGACGUCUGCGGGACCCGAUUACACAUACGGGCAUGCCGUGGUUUUGGGCUAUCUGUCGCUCUUCCUCCUGGGUGGCAGCCUGUUCACGCAUUUCAUGCUCGAGUGGGAGAAUCGACGGAGAAGAGCUGGGAAGAGGAAUCACUUGACAGAAGGGAAGACUGAGGAAGAAAUCCGCAUCUUGGGCGAUAGAGUGUACGUCUGCCUUGUUUUCUGCGCUACCUGUACCUACUUGUUGAUCGGUUUACUGACCUCGUCUUGCAGGCCGGGGUUUAUCUAUACUACUUGA